UUAUCGUUCAUUUCCAGUAUAAAUAGAAAAACGACGAGUGUGAUUGAUAGAGUUUCGUCUGUGCACUUGUGAAGUACCAAUAAUCGAAAUGCUCAAGUUUUUUGUGGUAGUUGCGAUUGCUCUUGUUUCCGUGAACGGGUUCAGCAAAGAACUGAAACAAAAGUUUCUCGACAAAAUCAAUCAGGAUGGAAGUGCUUGUGCAGCUGAAGUUGGAGCAAGUGAAGACGAUAUCAAUGAAUUGAAGUCCCAUAAAUUCCCUUCACGACACGAGGGUGAAUGUCUGAUUUUCUGCUUGCACAAACGUUUUAACAUGAUGCACGAUGAUGGAACAAUCAAUACCGAGGGAGCCAUAGAAACAAUGAAACCUUUGAAGGAAGAGGAUCCGGAACUGUACGAUAAGUUUAUGACAAUCGGAAGGCGUUGUACCGAAGAAGUUCAAACUCAGGAAGAUAAAUGCAAGUACGCUACAGAAUUGGUACAGUGUGCUGUGAAGAAAGGAAGAGAGAUUGGACUGGACGAGGCACUACUUGAAUAGAAUUUGAAUUUUAGUUGGUUGAUAUGAUGAAAAUUAAAAGUUGAAGAAUUA